CUGCUGUGGUUCGACCUUCUGCAGUCGGUAAGUGUCUGAAGGGGGGCUAUCUAAGAAUUGUCCGUUGUAAAUCCUUGUUAAUCCUUCUUUAAAACAACACGUAGCACAAUACAAGUGAGGGGUGCAUAUUGUACGGAUUAUUGUGUGCAUUGGGCUGUCAUUAUUUUUACGGUCGUGCGUUUACAAACCUAUUGACCUUAUAUCUGUCUUGUUGCAGAAAGACCCGGGCUUCAAUCAAAUUUGACCGACCAGGAUAAAACAGACUCAAUUGAAAAUGUACGCCUGUGCAAAGUUCGUCUCCACGCCGGCUCUGGUGAGUUAUUUUCCUCAAUAUGGUUAACCAUGUUUAUCUUACAUCUGAAAUCAUAUUCUCCGGUUGUAUUCGGAUGGGCCUGUGUUGAACUUGAAUGGAACUGUCUGGCAAGGGUAUUGGCUAACUAGCCAACGAACUUUAAAUGGCUAACAGUAGCAAGUAAGCUUAGGUUUAUGAUUAUGUAAGUGACAUUAUUUUAGUUUCCUAGCUGUUUGUGCACAUUCGAGACUAGACCCUAAACCGGAGUUAGCUAGCCAGCUUGUUAGCUAUAGCCUAACGUUAGUUAGCUAUGAAUAAGGUCAACAUGACACUUGGCUUGCUUCAGCAUCCCAAGUCUAUCUGUAACGUUAAUUUACCUAGUUAGUGACUUAACUAGCUAGUUAACUCUCCGGCCUGCUUUUUUUUCUUGAGCUGUCGCCUUCCCUUUUUGGGUUUGGAGCUCUCUGCCCAAGGUCAUGUUUUACGUUAUUAGAAACAUUGCAUGUUCAGGUAAAACAUGCAACAUGUCUAACAGGUUGUUUUACUGGUAAGGUAACUGUUUAUGACAUUAGCUUGUGCAAAGUGCACUCAGAAGGUUAGAGGAGUGGUGUUUUAUCCUUGUACUGUUACCAGGUGGUGUUGAGGAAUGACAUGAAUCUUAAAUGCUUUUUGAUGACUAAGCAGCUAUGAUGUUGGAAUGAACAAGUUGUAAUGUGUUGUUGUGGGUAUGCAUGUCUUGGUACAGCUCUAUGAUUUUCCCACAACCUCAAUGACAGUGGCUCGCUACUGUCAAGGUGCCUCCCACAGGCCAUGGUGCACUUGUGCUACCUUUCACAAGGGGAACCAUAACACUUAGGCGUCUACUUGUCUUGAACUUUUUCUGUAUUUCCUUCAAGAUCUCCCAAUAAAUAUAUAUAUUUUUAUUUUUUUCACUCAGUUAUGUCCUUGUCCCUGCUGCAGGUCCGUGCUGGUUCCCGGGCCCUUUACAGACCCCUGUCUGCCUGUAUGAUGUCCAGGCCCGAGGUCAACACAGAGGUGAGGAAAGACUGUCUUCUUGCAGUACAGUAGGCUUUAUACUCUUCACUGUUGAAUAUAACUCAAGGUUUUCUGUCCCGCUAAUGGUCAUUGAUGUAGGAGUGCUUUUCCCAUCACUAAGAAGAGGCACGUUUUUUUGUUUUUCAGAACAAUGUAGCCGUCAUGCCACAGAGCCCCUUCACCCAAGUAGCACUGAGAGGCUUCCAGACCAGUGCUGUGAGCAGGGACAUUGACACAGCCGCCAAGUUCAUUGGCGCUGGAGCAGCCACAGUCGGAGUGGCUGGAUCCGGUGCUGGAAUUGGAACAGUGUUUGGAAGUCUCAUUAUUGGAUAUGCCAGGUAAGUACACUUCUACAAAAUAGAUGACUAGAUGUGUGCUUGUCAAUGUCAGCUUUCAGAAAAACUAUGAUUCAAAGCUGACUUUUUACAUAGAAAUGGUUUUGUGUUGUUUUGCAGGAACCCAUCUCUGAAGCAGCAGCUGUUCUCCUACGCUAUCCUGGGAUUCGCCCUGUCUGAAGCCAUGGGUCUAUUCUGUUUGAUGGUUGCUUUCUUAAUCUUGUUUGCUAUGUAACACAUCUACUGUCCAUAGAAACACUAAUUACAGAUGUGACUACAUAUUUUAUUGUGGCUACCAAAAAACGUUCCGUGUUGGUGUCAUGGAAAUGUAUAUUUUCAAGUCUGUCAGACAGUCAAAAUAACCAAAAACAUGUUUUGUAAAAAUGUAAGAAAUUACAUAAUUAAAAUGCAUGUAUUUGACUAUUUACAAUAUGGCAGUACGUUUUCUGUUUCGGAAUCAUGUUUCACCACAAUCAAGAAGACGACUAGCUUCUGUUGAAUGUCACCAUGGGAUUAUACAAAGGAACUGCUUAACUUACUGUAAAUCAGUCUGCUGCAUUUGCCAUUUUUCCAAUGCAUCAUAUGUUCACUUCUGUGGGUCCACAUUGACGCUUUCGUUGGUUCAAGUGCAGUUCUAUAGAAGUAUGUAAGUAGGCAGCAAGUGAGCGCUUGCUUUUGUAAAUGGCAUUAAAUAAAUCUAGACAAAUUUGAUGGUGCUAAAUAGUGGUCACUGGUCCAGUUUAUUUGGGAUGCUCUCUGAAUGAAGGUGCGUAGUCUGUCAAAAAGCCUGCAGGUCUUGAAAUGAUUCACUUGACAAUUGUACAUUAGUGUUGGGUCCACGCUAAGCUUGCAUAAUGUUGGCUUAUCCCUUAGUGACAUAUUCUAGAGCUUUAAGACACUUAAGAACACCAGAUCCAAUACAUUGCCAAAUCAGAUGAGUCCCAGAAGAAAUGGAUCCAUAGUGCAACGAUUUCAAAAGAAAAUUCCAACAUUCUCAUACAAAUGCCAUAAUAGAUCACAGCAUUUGUAAAAGGAAUAUGUGUGUAGUUCCUGGAGAUGGGUCACCCUUCAUACCCAGGCUCCUAGUCGUCACAU